AUGCAGCUGCUUCCCACUCACGCUCCAGAAGUUUACGAAGAAUUCCUAAAUGGCAACCACCCAGUGAGUAGAUCAAGUCAACCCUUUAGCCUUUGGACUGACAUGGCCUUGGAACAAACUAUCAAUCUCGACAGCAAGACUAGAGGGGGUAUUGUUGGCUUGACACAAAAUGCUUCGGCACUAGACAGAUGGUUUAUAACAAGUCACAAGAGAGCUGAGCUAACUGCUGCAACCAAGCGACUUUGCAACCUUGAAGACUCUGACAAGAUUGGGACUCACAAGGAGGCAGGUUCCCAAAGAGUAAAGAGGAAUGAAAACGAUGUUCAGCGGCUGAUUAACACCAUUACUGAUACCAUGUCAAACCCUUUUGAUUUGAGUGAGGCAUCGAAGGAAGAAACAGUUCAAUUACGAAACAUCGCCACUGGACUCGUUAUGCCGCAUGACGCGGCAGAGCAGCUCGUUGACUGUUUCAGCACAGGAGCAGAAGAAGCAAAGAAAUUUAGGAGACAAAGAAUGGACAGUGAUGGGGUAUCCUUUUGGAGCAAGAUAUCGAAAUUGAAUUUGAAAACAUUUGCUUCUCUGGCAAAAACAAAUCAAAUCAAGUGCGCAGACGAGAAGAUCAUCACUAUUUCAGCUGACAGAAAUUUGUUUGGAAGACUUCUAAUUGCUGCAAAGUGUCGUGACGUUGAUGUGAAAGAGGUCCUGAGAUAUGAACUGUCCACCGUGCCCUUUGCAUUG